UAAAAUCUAGCGGAUCUUUGUAAAUGCUCUUAGACUGGACUUUAUUAUCAUCUUACACUUAGGAGCGAAAAACCUGCAUCUACUGCUGCAAUAAUGAGCAAAAUCCUGGUAGGAAUCUUCACCGUGGCGCUGUGUUUCACAAUGGGUUACACCCUGAAGUGCUACAAAUGUGAGAUUGGAUUGUGGGGUGUGUGUGUGACCUCAGAAAUGACAUGUGCAGAUGGCCAGCAUUGUUUCAGUGGAGCGGGAAAAACAGCGGGUGUGAUUAAGUUGAGUAUGAAGGGAUGUCUGAACCUAGGCGACUGCAAUAAGACAACGGAUGUUAAUUUUCCCACCAACUCAAACACCUCCAUCUACGAAAUGACCAAAACCUGCUGCAACACUGACCUGUGCAACACAGCUGCACCGCUCACUAACACUCACACACUCACCCUCGCCAUCGCCUCGCUCGCCACGGUGCUCCUCACCAAGGUGCUGGGGUGAGGGUGUGUGUAUCUCACACACACACACACACACACACACACACACACACAGUGCAUCAGUAACUGUCUGAUUAAAUCCUGUUUUAUUUUCGUUUUAUUGCAGUUAAAACUGUAAAACCUGCAUGCGAUCUCGUCGCCAUGUUGCUCGCUCAUGUUAGGAAUCAUAGCCUUCUAUUUUUUUGUCUCUCAUUCGACCUCUUUUUACUUUUGUUGUAAAGAAACGUGAUGUAACUGUUUUUACUGAAUCUUUAUUAUCUCUCAUUAAGGGUUAAAAUACGAGGUGUUAAGUGAGUCUGUUAUUCUCGAUCCUUUAAGGACUUUUCUCAAAUUUUUUACUUUUUUUUUGUUGUUUUGUUUUGUCCUUUUUUUUUACUUCAAUUCAUGGAACACUUAAUCGUUUUUAGUAAUUUCAACUUAGUAAGUUUGUCAUUUCAUCGAAUAAAAAAUAUUCAUCCAAAGAAAAUUUUUCCAUGUACCAAAAUUCAGCCCUGAUGUUUGUUCCACUGGGUUUUAAUGUCAGACCUGUGUGUGUGUCUACACGCUCGUCUUUACAGUACAUCAGUAUCCUAAACAAAAUAAAGGGAUUUGGUGGGGUUUUUUUUUGGUGAACUGGAAACAAAUAUAUGUAUAAAAUAUAAGAUGUUAAGGGGACAAAAAAAAAGAUCUUGCUUGAGAUGAUGUUGGCUGUGUGCUUCCUGAUCAGGUGAUGGAUAAAAAUAAACCAGAAUUGGCCAAAAAAAA